GUCGUGACGUCAUCAACAGGCGCACACACACACGUGCGGAGUUCGUGUGAUUUUCGCGAGGAGAUGUUCAUUUAGUUGAGUCGAUCAACGCUGAUUUAACAACACAUCAUGGAGUACAUGCAGGCUCCGCCAUCCAGCAGCCACGGCAAUAUUCUUUGCUGUACGUGUGGCGUUCCCAUUCCUCCAAACCCAGCCAACAUGUGUGUCUCCUGCUUGAGGACUCAGGUGGACAUCUCUGAGGGCAUCCCCAAACAAGUGACCAUCCAUUUCUGCAGGCAGUGUGAACGGUACCUGCAGCCUCCGGGGUCGUGGGUUCAGUGCGCUCUGGAGUCCAGAGAGCUUCUGGCUCUGUGCCUUAAGAAACUCAAGGCCUCCAUGUCAAAGGUGCGGCUUAUUGAUGCUGGCUUCUUAUGGACCGAGCCCCACUCUAAGAGGAUCAAGAUCAAGCUGACCAUCCAGAAGGAGGUCAUGAACGGAGCCAUUCUGCAGCAGGUUUUCACCGUGGAGUUCGUGGUUCAGGGUCAGAUGUGUGAGGACUGCCAUCGUGUGGAGGCCAAAGACUUCUGGAAAGCUGUUGUGCAAGUCAGGCAGAAGACUGUCCACAAAAAGACAUUUUACUACUUGGAGCAGCUGAUUUUGAAGCACAAGCUGCAUCAGAACACAGUGCGCAUCAAAGAGAUUCAUGAGGGAAUCGAUUUUUACUAUGCCACUAAGCAGCACGCUCAGAAGAUGGUGGAUUUCCUGCAGUGCACUGUUCCCUGCAGGUCAAAGGCGUCCCAGCGGCUGAUCUCUCACGAUGUUCAUUCAAACACCUACAACUACAAAAGCACCUUUUCUGUGGAGAUAGUUCCUGUGUGCAAGGAUAAUGUGGUGUGUCUGUCUCCACGGCUCGCUCAGAGUUUGGGAAACAUGGGUCAGGUGUGCGUAUGUGUCCGAGUCACCAGCUCCAUACACCUGAUCGACCCAAACACCUUGCAGAUUGCUGAGGUGGAUGGCAGCACGUUCUGGCGUCACCCAUUCAACAGUCUGUGCAGCCCACGCCAGCUGGAGGAGUUCAUCAUCAUGGACAUUGACAUCAUCAGAGAUCAGCGCUUAGGAGCGGGUGCUGGACUCAAGUCCAAUAAGCACACUCUGGCGGAGGUCUGGGUUCAGAAGACAUCAGAGAUGGACUCCAGUCAUCAGUAUCACUGCAGAACCUUCAUGGGUCAUUUGCUGAACAUUGGAGAUCUGGUGCUGGGCUUUGAUUUUGCCAAUGCCAAUAUCAACGACGAGUUCCUCAAUAAGAUGAACCCUCAGCAUGUUCCUGAUGUGGUGCUGAUCAAGAAGAGUUACGACCGCAUGAAGAGAGCCAGAAAAAGAGUCUGGAAGCUGAAAGAGAUGGACAGAGAGAAAGACGCUGCCGAUACAGAUGAUGAGAGACAAUACACUGAGUUCCUGGAGGACCUGGAGGAGGACGAGAUGCUGAGGAAGAACAUCAACAUCUUCAGAGAUGCUUCAAAGAUCCCCGUGGAGGAGAGUGACACUGAUGACGAUGGAGCACCCAGGAUCUCUCUGGCGGAGAUGUUAGAGGACCUGAGCCUGAGUGACGCCACGGGUGGAGAAGGAGCAGACAUGAUGACAGACUAAUCAACCUCAAUUAAAGAGACAGUACACCCAAAGCUGAACAUUCUGUCUCCAUUUAUGUAAACAUCACUUGCUAAAACCUGUUUGAGUUUCUUUCUUUUCUUACUUUUGUUAAGAAGGUAGUUUGAAGAAUGCCAGAGACCUGUAACCACUGACAUCCAUUGUAUUUUUUGUUUCUUCUAUGGAGGUCAAUGGUUACAGGUUUAUAGCAUUCUUCAAAACGUCUUCUUUUGGGUUCAACAGAAGAAAGAAACUCAGAAAUGUUUGGAAACACUUGAGGGAGAGUAAAUAAUGA